UGCUUCGAUUUCCCUAGAGUGUUGCUUUCUGGGGUCUCGACGGGUUUUGGGGGAGCCCGAGAGCCUCUGUGCUGGCUCUUUCGGUCGCGUGGAUUUUUGCGCAAGUUUUCAGAAAAACACUGACUCGGGUAGAGAGCAUUUCUCCGGAAAGUUUCAAGUGCAGCAAAAUAGCGAACGUGCAAAACUGGCCAAGGGGAGACCUCUAGUGGUUAACGGCGUCUUAAGUUCGCGAGGCCGAGAGCAAAGUUUGGCCUUUACUUGUAGCUACGUAGCCCGUUCCGACGGGAACGUCGUGAGAGGACCUGAGCCGGCGGCCAGACGGGGUGCGAGACGAUGCUGACUGGGCAUGGGAGGCUGAGCGCAGGGCGCGGGGCCGUGAGCGCCGCGCGCUCGGGCUCCGCAUCUUCCUCCCGUCGUGGAGAAACGCGCUUCUCCCUUUCAUCCAGGGAUCCCAGAGGGCUCGCUCCUUGCCUAAGAAGCCAGAGUUUGUAGCUAUCCCUGCCCGUGCAGCUCUUGGCUCGGUUUUACAUCACGAGUCACAGCAGAUAACUUAGUAGUGAACGUUAGGAAAAGCACGAAGUGAGAUGUGCGUUUUUGAAACUCUGAAGACGUGAAAAAAAAAAAAAGACCUUUGGUGGAGAUGUUUUCUUUGACACCAGCUGGCCAUUUUUAUUCCCUGACCCUCAGGAGAAGUCUCGGGGUUGCACGACGAUUGUGAAAACCGCCCAACAGUUCUGUUUUUCUUGACUAUCACGAGAUUAAAAAAUAAAUCAUGACUGAAUCUGCCUCUAGCACAAGUGGUCAAGAGUUUGAUGUAUUUAGUGUUAUGGACUGGAAAGAUGGAGUAGGUACAUUACCAGGAAGUGACUUGAAGUUUCGGGUAAAUGAGUUUGGAGCCCUGGAAGUUAUUACAGAUGAGAGUGAGAUGGAAAGUGUUAAAAAAGCAACUGCUACCACCACGUGGAUGGUGCCAACUGCUCAAGAAGCCCCGACCUCUCCCCCGAGCUCCAGGCCCGUAUUUCCACCUGCCUACUGGACAUCUCCACCUGGAUGUCCCACAGUCUUUUCAGAGAAGUCUGGGGUGCCUUUCAGGUUGAAGGAGCCAGUGAAAGUGGAAGGGCUUCAGUUCUGUGAGAGCUGUUGUCAGUAUGGCAACGUAGAUGAGUGUCUGUCUGGAGGAAGCUAUUGCAGCCAGAAUUGCGCUCGGCAUAUCAAAGACAAGUAUUGUUUCCUGUCACUAUUUUGGGGUUAUAAACACAACAGAGAUCAGAAAGAAGAAAGGGACAUGGGAGAAGACAACGAGGAAGAAGAUCCCAAGUGCAGUCGGAAGAAAAAACCAAAAUUGUCUCUGAAAGCUGAUGCCAAGGAGGAUGGAGAAGACAGAGAUGAUGAGAUGGAGAACAAACAAGAUGGAAGAAUCCUGAGGGGUUCGCAGAGGGCCCGCAGGAAAAGACGAGGCGAUCCAGCUGUCUUGAAGCAGGGUUUGCCUCCUAAAGGAAAGAAGGCUUGGUGCUGGGCAUCCUACCUGGAGGAGGAGAAAGCUGUGGCAGUGCCAGCGAAGCUGUUCAAGGAGUAUCAGUCCUUCCCAUAUAACAAAAAUGGAUUCAAAGUUGGCAUGAAGUUGGAAGGUGUGGACCCUGAGCAUCAAUCUGUGUACUGUGUCCUCACUGUGGCUGAGGUUUGUGGAUACCGAAUAAAGCUUCACUUUGAUGGUUACUCUGACUGUUACGACUUCUGGGUAAAUGCGGAUGCCCUGGAUCUUCACCCCGUUGGCUGGUGUGAGAAAACCGGCCAUAAACUCCAUCCUCCAAAAGGAUAUAAAGAAGAAGAAUUUAAUUGGCAGACCUAUCUUAAGACAUGCAAGGCUCAAGCUGCUCCUAAAUCAUUAUUUGAAAACCAGAAUAUAACAGUGAUCCCAUCAGGCUUCCGGGUUGGAAUGAAGCUUGAAGCUGUAGACAAAAAGAAUCCUGCGUUCAUCUGUGUUGCCACGGUAACAGAUAUGGUGGACAAUCGUUUCCUGGUACAUUUUGACAACUGGGAUGAGAGCUAUGACUAUUGGUGUGAAGCAUCUAGUCCACACAUUCAUCCAGUUGGUUGGUGUAAAGAACAUAGACGAACCCUUAUCACUCCACCAGGUUACCCAAAUGUGAAACAUUUUUCUUGGGAUAAGUAUUUAGAAGAAACCAAUUCUUUACCUGCUCCUGCAAGAGCUUUCAAAGUGAAACCUCCACAUGGAUUCCAGAAAAAAAUGAAGCUUGAGGUUGUAGACAAAAGAAACCCCAUGUUUAUUAGAGUAGCUACUGUUGCAGAUACCGAUGAUCACCGAAUAAAAGUUCACUUUGAUGGCUGGAAUAGUUGCUAUGACUAUUGGAUAGAUGCAGAUUCUCCUGAUAUUCACCCUGUUGGCUGGUGUUCAAAAACUGGACAUCCUCUUCAGCCUCCUUUGAGCCCCUUAGAGUUAAUGGAAGCUUCAGAACAUGGUGGAUGCUCAACUCCAGGAUGUAAAGGGCUUGGCCAUUUUAAGAGAGCGAGGCACCUGGGCCCUCACAGUGCUGCCAACUGUCCCUAUUCGGAAAUCAAUUUGAAUAAAGACCGUAUUUUCCCAGACCGCUUAAGUGGGGAGAUGCCUCCGGCUAGCCCGUCAUUUCCAAGAAAUAAAAGGACAGAUGCAAAUGAAAGCUCUUCAUCUCCUGAAAUCAGAGAGCAGCAUGCCGAUGAUGUCAAAGAAGACUUUGAAGAGCGAACAGAAAAUGAAAUGAGGACAUCACAUGAAGCCAGAGGUGCCCGGGAAGACCCUACCAUACAGCAGGCACAACGGCGCUCCGCUGUCUUUCUGUCCUUCAAGUCCCCGAUUCCGUGUCUGCCCUUGCGCUGGGAGCAGCAGAGUAAGCUUCUUCCAACAGUCGCCGGAAUCCCUGCCAGCAAAGUUUCCAAAUGGAGCACAGAUGAGGUGUCAGAAUUCAUACAGAGCUUACCUGGGUGUGAAGAACACGGAAAGGUAUUUAAAGAUGAACAAAUCGAUGGAGAAGCGUUUCUACUUAUGACCCAGACGGACAUUGUGAAAAUUAUGAGUAUUAAGCUGGGCCCUGCUCUCAAAAUUUUCAAUUCUAUCCUGAUGUUCAAAGCUGCAGAGAAGAAUUCUCACAACGAACUUUGAAGAUGGUGAAUUCUGAAUGCCAUCAGCUUUCUGAGUUAGAGCUCAUGUUUUAUUCAAAGCACAAGGACGGUUAUAACUCCUAAGUGAGAAGUCUCCAAAACUCAAAAGAGCAACACUAUCGGAUUAUUUAUAUUCCUCAAGAGACAAUGUAUAUGAAUUCUUAUGAAAGUGCUUGAGCUUUUAACCAGGUACUGUCUAAAAACAGUCAUCUUUUGGUUCUGUUCACUGAGCUAAAUUUAUCUUUGUAAAUCUUUUUGAGGCCAGGGAGGGUGGGGGACAGGGGAACUUCAUUAAUUAUUUAUGGCUAAGGGGGGGCAGAAUAAGAAAUUUUGGCAUUUUGUAAACAUUGUUGAAUUCUCUUUCAUGUACACUGUUUCUUUUUCAAUACUUUCAGAAGCCUUUUUAUAUAAUCAAAUAUCAACUUAAACCAAAUUAGUCAAAUCCUGGCUAAUCUUAGCCAGUGGGACUGUUACCUGUAUUGUUCCUUUUGUGCCAUAUUUUGAACUGCAGCAUUAUGCUAAGGUUAACUUUGCAAGUCAUGAUAUUGCUUAACUGCUUGUCAUAAUAUUUGUCGGGGCUGAAUAGUUGUAAAAAUUACUUUUCUUUGAAUCAGUGUUUUUACUUUUGCACGCAUUAUGAAAUGUUAAACAAAGUACUUUUCACCAGCAUCUUUACUAUAAUUACCAAAAACAUGUAUAUAAAAGAAUGGAAUUGAGAAAUAAAAUAUAUAAACAUAAUCAAUUAGGUAGUGUAUUUGAGUGGCAUCAGUCUCAUACGCACGGUGCCCCCUGUGUUUAUGAGAAUCAGAUGGUAUCGGAGGAGGAUGCAGGGGCAUUUGGGGGGAUGUAUGUAAGGCUCUUGAACGAUGUAUGUGAUUAUCUUGAGUUUGUCUGAUUGUCAUUGAAGUAACUAGCGUGUUUUACAGAAAUGAAAGCCUCAUUCUGUCACAGAAACAUUACUCCAUAAUGAGCUCCUUCUCAGAUCUUUGUAGCAUCCUGUAAGUCCAAAGGCUUUCUUCAGAGUUGGCUGAAGAGAAAGUGUAUAGAUUUUACUGAAAAAAGCAAGGUGUGAGGGAGCAACACCGUGAACACAAAAUGCUAAAGGCUCACAGCCCAGGGAGGUGAUUUCCCAAAGCAAUUAUUCAAGAACCUCCAUGAUGGAAGGAUUCCUUUUUCUGUAGAACACUUUUCCUUGAUGUAUGUGAGCAAACAAAUGCACUUUAAAUGAAACCCUUGACUAUCUAUCAACUAAUAGCUGGUAGUGUUUCUUUUGCAAGAAUGCAUUUCUAAAGCAAAAGAUAAAUUAUUUUGUCAGUCUUUGGAUGUACUUUCUAAUUCCAGGAUUAGACAUUUAUUCAAGGACAAUUUUAAAAAUAGUAAAGUAAGUUUGUAGCAUGCUGUCUGAAUUCUGGAGAGGUCCCACCUCUCCUUCCUUAGCUCUCGGUUUUCCCGAUGCUGGACUUCCCUGAGUGUCGCUGUUGGAGGUCUGUUAACAGCCCUUUGCAUUUGUCAUGAUUCCAGGUUGUAAAACAGGGUCAGUGACAUCUGCAGUGCCCAUUCAUUUCUUUGCAUGAAUCUACUUAGAGAAGUUUUUCAUUGUUGCUUUUUUCCUUUUUUAAUAUUUUGUUGAGAAUUUGUACAUUCGAGUUGCACUUGUUAUAUCUGAUAUGAAUGAAAUAAAAUCUGAAUUGCAGAUGCUCUUUUUA